UGCUUUCUUGCCGUCGUCCGCUGGUGCUGUGUGUGUGCGCGCGGCGCGUUUUGAUCCCGAAUCUGGCGAGUACAGGAAUAAAUGCUAUUCAGUCAGCAUCCAUCCAGCCAACGGUCUUGGUCGUCAUACUAAGUGGUCGUCAUCAGAUUUGAUCAGAACCAUUCUCGUCCUCUCACCCGUUGCUUACUGGUUGUGCGAAAUAUUGGAAUCCUUUUUUUGCGUGGGCGCCAACCGACCGUUCGAGUUUCGUUGUCGCGUUGAUCGCGCUUAGACAAAGUGUCGUCAUUCGUUGUCGUCGUCGUCGUCGUCAUCCUCAUUGACAUCGCUCGCUAUUCACUCGCGGACUUCUUUCUGCUUCUUCAUUUACGGUUUUGUUUUGAUUAUUUGUUUCGGUGCGCGGCCGUCUUCCCCGUGGAAGACGAACGACGUGUAAAGGAGAGAAUCCAAUUCGGGCUGAGGGCCGGAUAAUGGUGCAGCGGUCCUCUACUCAAUGAUCCGAGCUGAGAGCGAGACGCACCGGGGAUAAUGUGAAACAUGUGUCCAUGGUGUGAGUUUCAGAAUGUGAUAAUAGGAUGAUUGAAUGUUGUCACUUUGCUUUUGGGAGUGAAAGCGCCCGGAAAAUUACAGUAAUAUACAUAGAAUAGUUGAUUAAUUGAUUGCGCGUGUGUCUGCUCACGACGUGGUUUAGCCGGUAAUGGAACGAAACCGCCCACACGUGGAUAGUGUGUUAAUUAAAAUUCCAUGUUGGGUGUAUGCUCUUUUCAUGAAUAACCGCCGCGUCCCUAGUGCAUGUAACAAUAGCGAUUAAUUAAAAUUUCAUGAGAAAAACAGAUUUUUGCUGCCACUGCACAGGAUAGAGGUAAUUUGUGGAACAAUGAAGUGGUACGCCAUUCUCGGUAUUGUUUGCUGGUCUGGUCUGCUGUUGCCUCCGCUAGUGGCCACAAUGCCCGAUGGUUAUUUGAAAAUGUUUCCGGUGCAAACACAAUUUGAUCCUUGCUAUGAUGAGGACCGACCACGGCGCUGCGUUCCAGACUUUGUGAAUGCUGCAUUCGGAAUGAACGUUGCUGCGUCCUCCACUUGUGGACUUCGUGGACCUGAGGAAGUGUGCGAUAGUCACGAGAUUCGCGGGCCCUGCCACCAAUGCGAUGACUCCGUUCCCCGGAAGAGAUAUCCAGCUUCCGCUCUGACCGAUGUGAAUAACUCUAAUAAUGUAACUUGCUGGCGCUCCGAACCGAUUCCGACACCGUGGGGCAUAAAUGCCUCACCGGAUAAUGUCACGCUGACGCUGUCUCUUGGAAAAAAGUAUGAACUCACAUACGUAAGCAUGACUUUUUGUCCAGCGGCCGUUAAACCCGACUCCAUUGCAAUUUACAAAAGUGUAGAUUUCGGAAAAUCUUGGCAACCCUUCCAAUUCUAUAGCUCCCAAUGCAGACGAGUGUAUGGCCGACCAAACAGAGCUACCAUCACCAAGUCUAACGAACAGGAAGCUCGUUGUACCGACGCCCACAGACACAUGGGUGAAUCUACUGGCAUUCAGGGUUCUCGGAUAGCCUUCAGCACUCUCGAGGGUCGUCCUUCGGCGUCCGAUUUUGAUUCGUCUCCUGUGCUGCAGGACUGGGUAACGGCAACCGACAUCCGAGUGGUAUUUCAUCGUCUCCAGAUGCCACAAGAAUCCAUAGAAGACCUAUUUUUUUUGGGAUCGCCACAAGUACCGGCAUCUUUCAGGCAGCAAAAAGACCCUUUUGGCUUUAACGGAAUCGAAAGCUAUGACGAGGCGAGAUCCACGGUCACCACAGUUCCGACAGUCCCAAGUCUCACGCAUCAUUAUGCUGUUUCCGACUUCGCCGUCGGAGGGCGCUGCAAGUGCAACGGACAUGCCUCUAAAUGUCUUUUCGGACGCGACAACGAACUGUCCUGCGACUGCAAACAUAAUACGGCCGGUAGAGACUGCGAACGGUGCAAAGCGUUUUACUUCGAUCGACCCUGGGGCCGAGCGAAUGCACGAGAAUCCAACGAGUGUAAAAUGUGCAAUUGCAAUGGACACGCGCGCCGAUGCCGGUUCAACAUGGAGCUGUUCAAAAUGUCCGGCCGCAUUUCGGGUGGCGUUUGUCUCAACUGUCGGCACGCGACCACCGGCAGACACUGCCACUACUGCCGCGAGGGGUACUAUCGGGAUGCAACGAAGCCGGUAACCCACCGGAAGGUGUGCAAGCCCUGUGACUGCCACCCGAUUGGAUCGUCGGGAAAAACCUGCAACCAUACAACAGGCCAGUGUCCCUGUAAGGACGGAGUAACAGGACUUACUUGUAAUCGCUGCGCACGCGGCUACCAGCAAAGCAGAUCACAUAUCGCGCCCUGCAUAAAAAUCCCACGCGUCAUCAGCAUCGUACAUCCACAGAAUACGGCCCCUGAUCCACAGCGACACGAUCCGGACGAACCAUCCUAUCGAACGGAUGCCGGAAGGGAGUGCGGAAAAUGCAAGAUCGGCACCAAGCGGCUAAACCUAAGCAAGUUUUGCAAAAGAGAUUACGUAAUAAUGGCCAAAGUGAUAGCAAAGGAAACGAAGACCGACAACGGAAACCUAAAAAACAGCAACAACAACAACAACAACGACGACGUAGUAAAGUUCAUACUAAGCGUCCAAAAGGUAUUCAAAAAGAGCCCCAGCCCAAGCAGUCCACUGGCGGUAGCCCUGAGAAGGUCCUCCCACGUAACGUUCGUCGUGGAAACCAAAGAUCUCGCAUGCCGAUGCCCGAGAGUCAAAGUGAAUAGAUCCUAUCUGAUCCUUGGUCGGGACACUGAAGGGCCACCGGGAGCGCUCGGCAUCGGACCUCGCUCGAUCGUCAUCGAAUGGCGUGAUGAAUGGCAUCGACGGUUAAGGAAAUUUCAGCGACAAGCAGCACGCACUUGCCACUAAUCAGUCUUGCCUGCGAUCGAAACCAGCUACAACGAAACACAUGGCGAGAUUUUUCGAACAAUAGUCGAUUAAGAUAUAUAUUUAUUGAUUAAAGUAAUAAAUUAACGCUAAAUUAUGUAAUAUCAGUUGAAUCAGUACAGCGAGAGUGGAUGCAGCUUGGUUUUGGUACAAGCAUAAGAAUACUUCGCAAAACGGUAAUAAUAUUCGAUUUCUCCGCAUAUAAAUUCAUAGAAGGACGGACGAAAAAUUUAUGCAUUGAAUCUGUUUU